AUGGAAGACGAGGUCUUUAACAACAUUUAUCAGAAUGCUAACACCACCGAUAUCUGUGAGAUUCCAGACUCUGAGGAAGACAAAGGGGAUGAUCUUUAUAGUCAUGACCAUGAAGAUCCAGCAUCUCCUUCUUCCAUCACUACUAUCCCAGAGAGCGUGGCUAGUAGUCAAGAGGGCUCAGAAGACAGCAAUUCUGUGGACUCUCAGCAUGGGGCUGAUGAGGAGGAUGGUUCUUCUUCAUCUCUCCAUGGUGCUGAAGAAGACCACCCGUACCAGGAGAUGGAACUGAUGAGCCCGACUCUGGAAGAUAAACACGUAGAAGGCAUGAUGUUUGACAGCAGCACGCAUUUUCCUCCAGGUUUCCAGUUGCGUCGGAGCCAGAGCACCUCUUCCACCUCCUCAACUUCCCUCAAGUUUCCCUUUAACAACAACUUUGGAGAAACUGACAACUUUCAGGAAGAUUAUGAGAUUUUCAUGUUUGUAAAG